AUGGCCGACCUCGAUGCACCCGCCGGCUCCCUCAAUUGGAGGCUGAGCGCCCACCCCAUCACCCUCGUCAUCUUCCUCUCCUUCAGAGCAGGUAUACCUACCUAUCUAAGCUCAUAUCCCGUGACGAGACUAACCGCCCAUCUGUACAGCCUCCGUACUAGUCUACCUCCUCGGCAUGCUCUUCGUCGACAACUUCGUCCUCAUCUUCAUCAUCACGAUUCUCCUCCUUGCUGCAGACUUCUACUACCUCAAAAACAUCGCCGGUCGUCGCCUGGUAGGGCUAAGAUGGUGGAAUGAAGUCAACCCGCAAAGUGGAGCCAGCCAUUGGGUCUUCGAGAGCGCACCACAGGCGAAUGAGCCGGGCGGAAAAGUUGUAAACGCAACGGACAAGAGGUUCUUUUGGUUGGCGUUAUACGUCCAGCCGGCGCUCUGGAUCGCGUUGGCGAUAGUGGCGUUUGUACGAUUCAAGUUCAUUUGGUUGACGCUUGUUGGUGAGUUCAAUACAUGGAGGACUUGGGAGAGAAGAUUGGAUACUGGCUGACACGCUUGCAGCGAUUGCAUUGGUUCUUACGAUCACGAAUACCUUGGCCUUCUCGAGAUGUGACAAGUUCAGUCAGGCGAGCGGACUCGUGGAAAGAGGUCUAUAUUCCGGGUCUCUGGCGAGGAAUGUGGGUGGAGCGUUGGUAUCCAGGCUCUUCAGGUCUUAA